AUGGCGAGUGCAUCCCAGGAGAUCCAGCCUGCAUCGACUGCGGUGGCGAAAGACGACCUGAUUAUACCUUUGAUAAACUUCGGGCCCUUCUACUCUGGCACCCCGUCCGAUAAGCAUGCCGUCGCAUUAUCUAUUACCAACGCUUUCAAGACGUCCGGCUUCCUCUAUCUGAAAGAUCAUGGCAUUCCACCCUCCGUGGUAUCCCGGGUGUUCGCAUCAUCGGCUAGCUUUUUCCGCCGACCCCAGAGUCAAAAAGACAGUUUGGGUUGGACGACCCCACAAUCGAACCGUGGUUACGUCGCUAUCGGGAGGGAAAAGCUCGGGAAUGUCGAAGAGGCAGAGGAGAUGGAUACCUUGAGAGGAUCUCCCGACCUCAAAGAGACAAUGGAGAUUGGGAGGGAAGGCGUCGAGGGCUUGCCCAAUCGCUGGCCUGAUCAUCUUGACGAUGAAGGGAAAGAGUUCAAGGAAACUAUGCAAUCUUUCUUCGCUAGGUGCAAGACUCUCCACGCGCAAAUUAUGAGUGCGAUCGCACUAGGAAUGAACUUACCGGAACAUUUCUUCGAUGGGUUUGUAGAUGAAGGGGACAAUAAUCUCCGACUGCUACAUUACCCCGCCGUCCGCAAGGAUGUUUUCCAGCAGAAUCCCAACCAAGUCCGUGCUGGUGAGCACAGUGACUAUGGGUCCGUCACGCUCCUGUUCCAGGACCGACAUGGCGGAUUACAAGUACGCAGCCCGAAGGGAACGUUUGUUGACGCAACUCCAAUUGCAGAUACUAUUGUCGUCAAUGCCGGAGACUUGCUGGCUCGUUGGUCUAAUGAUACUAUCAAGAGCACUCGUCAUCGAGUCAUUGAACCACCUAAGCCCGAAGGAGACGACUCGAAGGAUGAUUCGGAGACUUACCCCUCCCGAUACAGCAUUGCAUAUUUUUGCAAUCCUAAUAACAAUAAGUUGAUUGAGGCGUUGCCAGGGACAUAUGGUGACGAUAUUCACGUGGGCAAGAAAUAUGCUGGAAUUACGGCGGGCGAUUAUUUGGUUCAGCGCUUGACCGCAACGAUAUGA